CCCGUUACAGACUAACUCGGCUACCCUUCUGAAGCCUUUAACCAUCAGACAUGGUUUGUUUGCAGUUUGACACAAACAUUUUUCAUUACUUUUUUUGCUCUUAGUAAAUUAGGUAGUUUGGGCUCUUUGUUUUAUCUUAAAAUGUAGCUGAGGGAAAAAUCUUAUUAACUGGAAAUGUUUUCCCUUGCAACUGCAUAUUUGGACUGAAAAAUGAUAUAUUUGUGGAUUCCAGGUGUUGGUUUUUAAACAGAACUUCAAGGGGAAAACCCUGAUAUUAUGUACUAUAUUGACUAUAAUAGGAAUAAAUUGGGAUGUAUUUUUUAUUUUCUCUGAAUUCCCCAGUGCAUCCUGUCACCAGUCUCUUUAUUGGAACUGCUUUUUUUAGAAGGUUUCUUGUGUCUUGUAAUGGACAUUGUAUUUUGUGAUGUAAGCAAAAAUGGCAAAUUAAAGGAGAAAGUUAUUUUGUAUUUGUGGUAAUGCACAAACCAAGAAAAUGUAAAAGCAUCGUGCAGUUAUAGUAUUUAAUGGCCUUUUUGUGGCAUUAAUUCUAAAACAAGGGAAUCGGUACCAGUUUCAGUGUUCAUGCUAAUUUGUAUUGAAGUGAAACUGAGUAAAGGAGAUGCUUUUAACCAAAAAUAUAAAGCUAAGGAAUCCUGCCAUAUGGAAUAAUAUGGACUGUCACUUUUAAAAGAUGAGCUUACAGGGAAAUAAAUUCCUUUUCUACAAUUCUUUUUCAUUUCCUACAGUAUCACUGGCGUGAUCUGAAUAAUAGUACUGAGGUGAUAUUAUUAAUGUGGCUUUUUAAAAUCAAACUAAUUAUAUUUGCCUGAAAGAGCCACAUUAGUGUGAUUCUAGCUCCCUGGUGCCUUUUUGGAGCCCUGGAGACAGCCUAGUGAAUAGGGCUGAAAAUUCAUUCUGUAUUUGAUUAAAUGGAACAGACUCGUUGCUCCUUACCCCAGCAGGGGCUAUGAGAUCUCUUGAUCCUCGAAGCGGCUCAGAGACCCUGGGAAUUCCAUUAGCGAGCACCUGAGGAAUUUCUGCCCUGCAGUGCCUUUUUUUGGUGGUAGUGGGGGGAGAGAGAGAGUAGUAUAGCAGUGUUGAUGGUGGGCGGAGGAGGCUGCAUUAGAAAAAUUUAUAUGUUGGCAGAUCUAAAAUCAAGGCAUGACUUAACAGCUUAUCUUGUUAGAGAAAAGCCCAACCCAAAGGCACACUAUUAGCCAAGACAACUUGUAUUUAAAGUAGAAUUGUGGUGUGCAUUGGGCACUGAGAUGAACUCAUCCACACAAUUUAUUGAAAUCGUCUGACUUGUUAGUUCUCAAACUGUAGAUACAUUGGUGGAAAACAAUAGAAAAACACAUACUUACAACGCUGUUUUUUCAGAGACUUGUCUUGGUCUGGAACUCUGCUUUCACCUUCUGGAAUCUGGCACUAUGCAUCCAAAUCCUGGACCAUUACAGGCACUGCUCUUUGUCACUGCUACAGUUCUUUUCUCCACUAUAAGUUCAGAUUUGAUUCCUCAUUUCAUUUCUGAGCCCCUCUCUACUAUACAAAAGGCUGGUGGGCCUGUAAAGCUUCAUUGCUCUGCUGAUCCCUCCCCAGCUUUCAUUUCAUGGUUGUUUAACGGAGAGAGGUUGAACAGCAGGGUGGAGCAAGUGGAGGUGCAGCCAGGAUCUUUGACAAUCUUCUCUCUCAGCUCCUCAAAUUCUGGUCACUAUCAGUGCAUCGCCAAUUACAGUGCUGGUGCCAUUGUGAGCAGGCCGGCCACAAUAUCCAUAGGCUAUCUUGAUGAUUUUGAUACUUCAGUGAAACACAUAGUUACAGCAGAAGAAGGAAGUGCUGUUUUCAUUGGCUGUAAGGUGCCAAAAAGUAACCCUAAAGCACAAGUUCGAUUUCGAGUACGGGGAAAAUGGCUAGAACAAUCAACAGAUAACUACCUAAUUCUUCCAUCUGGAAAUCUGCAGAUUUUGAAUGUCUCUUUAGAGGAUAAAGGCUCCUAUAAAUGUGCAGCAUACAACCCAGUCACUCGUGAUCUCAAAUUAGAACCCACUGGACAUAAGCUCAUAGUCAGCCGCACUUCUGUAGAAAGCUUCCACGUUCUUCAUCCCACCAUGUCUCUGGCUUUAGCAGUGCCUAAGCACAGCCCCCUCAUUCUAGAAUGUGUUGUUAGUGGAAUGCCUGCAUCUCAUGUCCACUGGUUUAAGGAUGGCCAGGAUGCACUGACUGGAAGCAAGUGGAGGCUGCUGCACUCCCAUCUGGUGACAGAUAGACUUGAUGCAUUGGAUGCUGGAAACUAUUCCUGUGUGGUGGCAAAUGAGUCUGAGGUAGUGAGAUACCUAAAUUACACAGUAACUGUACUCGAAUCUGCCUCAAUUUCUAAAGGACUGCAGAGUCAAACGGUGGCUGUGGGUGCAACUAUACAUUUCUCAUGUGACAUACAUGGAAACCCAGCUCCUAAUCUUACCUGGUUCCAUAAUGCAACUCCUGUCCACCUUUCUGCACGACAUCUGGUGACAGGAAACAGGCUGAGAAUCAGUGGCAUUACUAAGGAGGAUUCUGGGUUGUACCAGUGUGUAGCAAACAAUGGAAUUGGUUUCACACAGUCCAUUGGGAGACUUCGAGUCCAGACAGGCAAAGGCUCUAAGCCAGUUAUAGUUUCUUCACCAGCCAGUGCCAAUGUGGUCGAUGGUGGUGAUGUUACAUUGUCAUGCAAUGCCACUGGAUUACCUGUUCCUGUCAUCCGUUGGUACAACAGCCGGGGACUUAUUACCAGCCACCUUUCUCAGGUCCUUCAUUCAAAACCGCGAAAAUCUCCAGAAACAAGAAGAGGCAGCACCAUUUUAGAACCCAUCUACUUCACCAUGUCUCGAGCUGGAUCAAGCUCCCUGUACAUUCAGGCAAUUACUCCAGAGUAUGCUGGGAAAUACUCUUGUGAAGCAAUAAAUGAACACGGCUCAGCACUGUCAGAAGCAUUUCUUACCGUUGUUCCUUUUGAAUCUAGUACAAAAGCUGAAGAAGUCACUCCCAUAGAGGUUGCCCAAAGUGAUGGAGAUUAUGAUACAGAAGAAGGAUUCUCCAAUUUGUCUCCGACAAAGUUGCAUCUUGAUGCAGUUGCUACCGAAAAGACACCCAAUGGGGCUUUGCCUCCUGAAGCCCCAAUCAUCCUCAGCCCUCCACAAACACUCAAGCCAGACAUGUACAACCUGGUGUGGCGCUCUGGAAAGGAUGGCGGCUUGCCCAUCAAUGCUUACUUCGUGAAAUAUCGCAAGCUGGAUGAUGGCAUCAAUGUCAUGGGUAGCUGGCAUACAGUCCGUGUCCCUGGAAGUGAAAAUGAGCUUCAUCUCACAGAACUGGAACCCUCCAGCCUGUAUGAAGUUCUGAUGGUAGCAAGGAGUGCUGCUGGGGAAGGCCAGCCUGCCAUGCUUACAUUUCGCACCAGCAAAGAAAGAGCAUCAUCCUCAAAAAACACUCAGGCGCCAUCUCCCCCGCUUGGCAUUCCUAAACACCCUGUCAUUCAGGAAGGGACAAAUAACUUUGGGGUGAUCCUUCCAGACCCAUCUCGACACAGCGGAGUUCCUGAGGCUCCAGAUCGCCCUGCUAUCUCAACGGCUUCAGAGACCUCUGUCUAUGUCACCUGGAUCCCACGUGCAAAUGGUGGCUCCCCCAUCACUGCCUUUAAAGUAGAGUACAAGCGUAUGAGUCGAAACAGUGAUUGGCUAAUUGCAGCUGAAAAUAUCUCUCCUUCUAAACUGUCAGUGGAAGUUCGCAACUUAGAGCCAGGAGCAACAUACAAAUUCCGUGUGAUUGCUGUUAACAAUUAUGGGGAUAGUCCACGAAGCUCACCAUCUCGACCUUAUCAGGUCGCUGGCUUUACCAACCGUUUUUCCAACCGCCCGAUUGCAGGACCUCACAUUGCCUACACUGAGGCAGUCAGCGACACUCAGAUCAUGUUAAAAUGGACUUAUAUUACAUCAAGCAACAAUAAUACUCCCAUCCAAGGAUUUUAUAUCUAUUACCGGCCAACUGACAGUGAUAAUGAUAGUGAUUACAAGAGGGAUAUUGUGGAAGGUACAAAGCAAUGGCAUUUGAUAAGCCACCUGCAGCCGGAAACAUCUUAUGAUAUUAAAAUGCAGUGCUAUAAUGAGGGAGGUGAAAGUGAAUACAGCAACGUGAUGAUUUGUGAGACGAAAGUGAAACGCAUACCUGGAGCUUCAGAAUAUCCAAUGAAGGACCUGAGUACACCACCUUAUUCCCCUGACCGUGGGCUUGGAGGCAACACUGGCCCAUCCAACGGCCCUGUUCGGAGCAGUGAUAUGCUAUAUCUGAUUGUGGGCUGUGUCCUUGGAGUGAUGGUCCUCAUUCUGAUCGUUUUCAUUGCCAUGUGUCUGUGGAAGAAUCGCCAGCAAAACACCAUGCAGAAGUAUGACCCUCCUGGUUACCUCUACCAAGGUGCAGAUAUCACUGGGCAAAUGGUCGAAUAUGCUACUUUACCAGGCACAAGCCGCAUCAAUGGCAGCAUCCAUGGAAAUUUCAUCAGCAAUGGUAGUCUCAGUAACGGCUGUGCACACCUUCAUCACAAGGUUCCGAGUGGAGUUAAUGGGAUUGUGAAUGGAGGCUUGACUGGAGGGGCAGGACUUUACCCAGGGCACACCAACUCUCUCUCCAGGACACACAUGGACUAUGAUCAUUCCCACCAUUUAGUGAACGGUGGUGGAAUGUAUACAGCAGUGCCUCAGACCGACCCCUCAGAAUGCAUCAAUUGCCGGAAUUGUCGGAACAAUAACAGGUGUUUCACCAAAACCAAUGGCACUUUUAGCAGCAGCAACACACUACCUGUGAUGCCCAUAGUAGCACCUUAUCAGCAAGACAAUUUAGAGAUGAAACCAUUGAAUCAUGUGAUGGUAGCCAUGUGUUUAGCCUCCGCAGUCCCAGAAUGCAGCGUCAAGAUGGAGAAGGAGCACAAGGAGAAAGUGGAGCAGCCAUCUGCUCAGCAUUCUUGCUGUCAGGAAAAUAUGAAUCGGAUUAACACAGAUUACCCAGAAGGUGACAUCUGUGCACAUUCAGAAACAUCAAAUCCUAUUUUGAGCUGGAGUCCUCUCAUUCUGCAGUCUGUUUCAAAGGACUGUACUGAAAAAUCAGGAUGGAAUUCACCUGGGGUCACUUUAAGCAGCUCCGGGGACCUUCGACAGCUUCAGAUACAGGAAACCUGAAGAAACAGUGACCAUUUUCCCACUGAAAGCCAGUAACUGCACAGCAGAGCCCCUGACAAGGACUGCUGGAGGGGGGUUAAUUAUAAGAGAGAGAGUUGUUAUUUAUUUUUUGUAGUAGUGUCAUGAAUGUAUCUGAUGUAAAAUGUUUGCUUUUUCUAUUAUUUAUGCCUUGAGAAAUUCCUUUGUAUUUUCCACACACUGUGGGACUAGCCUGGUUACCUG